UGACCGCAUACGUGCAAGGAAGCUGAGUUUCUUUUUCUUCUCCAACUUUCAUCCCUCUGCAUGCCAGAUCUUACAACCGAUUUCCGAGCCAUUGCAAAUGGUUUGCCAAAACCACCAGAGAGCAAGAAUGAGAAUCGAAGAGAGCCUUCCUUCGAUCCCUUCAUGAAAGAAGCUUAUAGGAUCGAGCAACAUAUUAUCAGCCUGAAGGAGUUUCUUCUCAUUACACGGAAGGCAUACCUUCGUAAUGAAGCACCAAAGCGAAAGCAGGGCAACCACCACACCAAACCGAUUGCAGCUCAAAUACCAGCUAGAGCCCAAUUUGAAGGUUCACUGUUCUCAGCCUUUCCUAGGGUUAUUACACAGCUCACUGACAAGGAGAGAGAUGAAAUCGAUUUUCAAGCCAAAAUGAUCAUAAGACGAUGUAUGGAUAGGGUAAAGGAUUUAGAAGACGCGGAAAAGAUGCGACAGGAUGCGGUAAAGGCUCAAAGUGCAAAACAGCUUUCUCGGUUUUUUAGCAACAUACUUGCAUCGACUGAGACCGCACGAAGUGAUGACUUGUUGGCCGUUCAUCGCAGUGGCGUUGUAUGGCUUUUGAACAAGCGUUUGAUGGAGGUGUCCCAGCUUCAGAAGAAUCAGCAAGAGACGAGGCUGAUGAAAGCAGUCGAGAAGAGCGAAAAUCAAUUGCAUAUGUCUAGCCUUCCUCCAACGAGAUUCAUAGCAAACCAAUCGCAAAAGCCCACGAAAUCAACCAUACCCAUGGAUCGAAAUUCAGCCAACGGUGGCGUUGAGAGCAGGUUCCAACAACUUUUUAACGAUGGAGCAGCGGAACCAAAGCCUUCUGUGCAAACUUCAAUCGACCCUUGGGAAGCAGAUACAGGAAAUGCGUUUGAAGAUCAGUUGUCCCAAGAUCAACUGCAGAUGUUGGAGAGAGAAAAUGAUGCCAUGCUAUCAGAAAUGGAAAAUACCCUUAAUCAAGUCCGCGAUGCAGAAAAGGCAUUAUUGGAAAUAUCAACGUUACAGUCUCAGUUAACAAGUCAUCUAGCUGUUCAAACUGCACAAACUGAUCAGCUCUACGCUGAGGCAAUUGCUACGACGGAUAGGGUGGAACAGGGCAAUCAACAACUAGUUCGUGCGAGAGAGAGAAAUAGAGGUACACGAAAGAUGAUCCUUGCAUUUUUGAUUGGUGCAAGUUUUGUUCUCUUGUUUCUCGACUGGUACGAUUAAAAGACGUGUAAUAAAUCAUCCGGCGUUAUUUCAACCUGGAAUAGCUUAUAUCUAGACCCUGUAAAAACAUUGCCACCUGUAACUACUGAAUACACUUAAAAGGUGUCAAUCCAUGUUUUGAAUUUGUCAUCU